AGUAUUAUUUUAGAGCUUCUGAAACAGGUUUCUGUUCCGGUCUGCAUCCUUCUAACCUAUUUACUUUUUCUGUGGAACUGGUUUUGUAGCUUCAGGUGCGCAACACCCUGUCUGCAUCGGACACGAGCGGCACAUUGCGUCAAAGACAAUAGAACCCCAUUAUAAUCAAUGAUGCUGUCUACACUGGAAGAACGUUUGUGUUGAAGCAUCCAAUAUAGACAGCCUCAAGCCGUUGCGGAUUUUAAAUUUACACCCAGUGUUGUUAAUCUCAAGCAAACUGUCUACCUGUGUUCAGUCAGGAUACAGGGCAGGACAUUUCAAGACCGUUUUCUCUAUGAAAAAAGCUACGACACACAUGGAUUUCAUGAGAAAAGCAAACGUUUUUGUGUCCUUUCUUGUGGACAUAGCCCUUGGUUUGCUGCUUAUCUCGUGGCUCUACAGGGAGAAUCGCAUUGGCAAGCUAGCAAAAAUUCUAGUGCCAAUGGCUGAUCAUGUAGCAAAGGAGCUGCAGGAGCUGUUAGAAUGGCUGAUGGGAGCUCCUGCUGGACUGAAGAUGAACCGAGCUCUUGACCAAGUGCUGGGGAGAUUCUUUCUCUACCACAUUCAUCUGUGGAUCAGUGAUUAAAUUAUUCAAGGUUGAAGUGAAAAAUGUUAACUUUGAUUGGUUCGUUCUUCUGAUCCAUGUAGUUGGAGAUAGCAGGUCAUAGCAGUUCAUGUAUGGCAUGUGAUGUUUCCACAGGUUAUAUCCACUUGAUGUCUCCUUUCAUUAAGAGGAUACUGUGGUAUGUAGGCCUCUCAGCCUGCUUGGGAUUGACAUUUGCUCUCUCGAUAGUGUCUGACAUUGUGGCUCUUCUGACUUUACACAUCUACUGUUUUUAUGUGUAUGCCGCCAGAUUGUAUUGCCUAAAGAUCUUUGGCCUCUCCUCCCUGUGGCGGCUCUUCAGAGGAAAGAAAUGGAACGUACUAAGGCAGAGGGUUGACUCGUGUUCAUACGACCUGGACCAGUUGUUCAUUGGCACAUUGCUCUUUACGAUUCUGCUGUUCCUGCUGCCUACCACCGCACUGUAUUACCUAGUCUUUACACUGCUGCGGCUGGUGGUGGUGCUGUUCCAGGGAGUGAUUCAUCUAAGUGUCGACUUCAUCAACUCCUUUCCCCUGUUUGCCAUUGGCCUACGUAUCUGUAGACCAUAAAGAUUGGCAGAGGGGGUUAAAUUCAAGGUGCUUUGUCAGGAAUCUGGAACUCCUCUUCACCUGAUGUUGGAGAUCAACCCAUUGAAGUGCAGCUCCGUGCUGCAGUGUUACCGGGCACCUACCUCUAGCUGUUUGCCUAAAGAUUCCUGGGCUGCUCUGUGCAAGAAACUGUUUGUAGGAGAACUCAUUUACCCUUGGAGGCAAAAGACUGCCAAGACAGACUAACCUUGGGGGAUCAUGCAAGAACCCUAAAUGGAAAGCACAACCAGACACAAAAAUAAGAGGCCAUUGGGAUUUUUUUUUUUUAGGUGGGAGAUACUGUAUGAAGUGAAAUAAAGGGUGAUAUUUUUUGGUUGGACUUCUCCCAUGGUCAGAUAUAUUAAGAUGCACUGAAUUUAAAGACUGUUUUAAUUGAUUUUUUUAGUAAUAACAGCAGAAAUACUGUAAUCUUACAUUGUUGUUGUAAACCAGAUCUUUCCUUUUCUAAAGGUUUAUCAAAAUCUUAUAUUUAAACUGUGAUUACUUUGUAUUUAUUUGAGAAUAGAUCUAGCUAAUUUCAUAUAACACUAAAGAUGUGUCAUUAAAAAAAUUAUGAAUUGUACCUUUGACAGUUAAAGCAAUCAGUUUGAAGCAAUCAACCAUAAAUUCAAACCUAUAAGGAUCCUGAAAUGAAAAUGGUUUUUCAUUGUGUCUCACAAUGGCUCUUGUCAGCCAACUGUAUUUGUCCUGUCCUGUGCCAAGAGAAAGGCAAUGACUGGUAGAAGUUUGAACUCUACCAUUUGUUUGGUAGUAUUCAGCCUGUGAAGAAUGUGGUCAGACGGGAUUGUGCACGGUGAUGACUGCUAUGGCACCUGAUUCAAAGACACAUGAAAAACCUCCAAGCUGGAGACUUGCCUUCAUUUUGGUUGAAAGGGCAGAUGUCUGCAAAAUGGCCAUGUGUACAUUAGACACAAAGAUGUGUAAUUGAAAAUUGAAAUAUUUACAUGUAUUCCUGAUGCAGGUUGAUACCUACUGUAUAGUAGAUCUAUAUAGUAUUGCCAUUCCUAUAUCUAAGUAACAUGAUCUUACAUAGAAUACUGAGGCAAAUGUUAGAUAUUUUGUAUAUAUUUUUAAGUUUUAUAAUAUUUCUUAUAACAAUUUGUUGGAAUUUAAUGAAAUUCAAAUGUGUAAAUCAUAAAAAUUGGCUAAAAUAUUUUUUGAGUGUACACAUCUCAUUCCAAAUUAGACAAAAGCAAAUUUAAAUAUAUAUAAACUCACAUAUAUUUACAUUUUCUUUUGUCAAAGAUUACUUAAUUCAAUUUGAUUGUCUUAUCAAAAUGAAAUGCGUAAGUUUAA